CUCUCAUAGGCUAGAGAGAAUGAUAAACAAAUAAAUACGAUAGUAUACAUUAAGAAAAAGAGAGAAAUAGAUGGCUAUGGAAAAAAUAAUUUUGUGUUUAAUUGUAUUGGCGUUGACCGCAUUAUCAGGAGGGCAUGCUGACCAAGGAAAAGAGUCAUGGGCCAAAAAACUUAGAAAAGGGCACCAAGCAGUGACCACUCUGCAAUUUUAUUUCCACGACAAACUGAGUGGAUCAAGCCCAAGUGCGGUCCGCAUUGUUGAGCCAACAAGGGCCAGCAAAUCUCCGACCCGCUUCGGAGUGGUGAUGAUGGCCGAUGACCCAUUAACAAUUGGGCCUGAUCCAAAAUCGACAGAAGUGGGACGAGCCCGUGGGCUGUAUGGAUCAGCUGGGCAGAAGGAUCUUGGGCUUAUCAUGGCCAUGAGUUACAGCUUUACGCAUGGCGAAUACAACGGAAGCUCUUUUAGCCUUUUGAGCAUUAACCAUGCUAUGGACCCGGUUCGCGAAUUGGCCGUGGUCGGUGGGACCGGCCAAUUCCGGCUGGCCCGUGGGUACGCGCUAGCCCACACACAUUCCUUGGAUGUUCCCACCGGAGAUGCCAUUAUUGGUUACAAUGUCACCCUUAUUACAAACAACUAAAUAUUCUUCUCUUAAUUCAUGCUAGAUCAAUCAAUUAUUGUAAAUUAGGUCUAAUAAUUUUUUUUAUACAUCGGAAAGGAAUAAGGUCUAAUAAUGCUUAGCUUAUUACCACGUAGAUAAUUAGUACUGGUUUUAUAAUUAUUUGUUUUGUAGGCUUUCUAUUUGUCAUUAUUGUAUUCUUACUUUUUUAGCAAUGGAACGGCAAUUUUGAUAAAUAUGUCAUAACGCAAACUCAAUGCAUUUCGG